AUGGGUGCUACGCGUGCGGGUGCUGAGCCUGGGGGUGCUGGUACUGGGGGUGCUGAGCCUGGGGGUGCUGAGCCUGGGGGUGCUGAGAUUGGGGGUGCUGGGUCUGGGGGUGCUGAGCCUGGGGGUGCUGAGCCUGGAGGUGCUACGCCUGGGGGUGCUGAGCCUGGGGGUGCUACGACUAGAGGUGCUGAGCGUGGGGGUGCGGAGCCUGAGGGAGCUCGGCCUGCUCGUGUGGCGUCUAGCGGUGCUGGACCUGGAGGUUCUCCGGGUGCUUUGUCUCGGCGGGAGCCACUCUCUCCACAGGAGCUGCGCGAGUGGUUUGCCCGGCGCUGGAGGCGUGCUGCUGGAGCUGGUAGUUCUUCGGUUGCUGAGGGUGCUGGUGCCGCGGGUCCCGGAGGCUAA